AUGUUCUCUUCCACUCAAGAAAAAAAUAUCUAUGAGAUCAUAGCGGAGAGUGAUCCAUGCGAUGCGCGAAAGGAGACGAAUUUUUUUGAAUGUGGGAGAGAGAAAAGAGACGCAGAAGGAGUGGGUAGAAAAAAGUUGAGUGGGCGGAGUCGGAUCGGAGGGAAAGGGCGCCAAAUAGUUUGGCACCCAGAGACACAGUCCCUUCAGUUUCCACCGAGAAGACACAACUAUGCUUCUGGCGACAAUUAUAUUUUCUCUGGCGGUUACUGUAACUCACCAACGGAGCGUCAUUCAGAAUACUGUAAGGACUGCUCCUUCCAUUCCUCUAACUAUUCUGUGAGUUGGACAUACGAUGAGCUGAGCAAUGAUAUUGUUUUCGAACUAACUUCUCGUUCUGAUUUCUCAAGUUUCUAUACUGCCAUUGGUUUCGGAAACGAGAAGCCGGAAGACGUCAUGGCUGUAUACGUUCGAUCGCUUCAAAUCGGGUUGAUUGAUGGACAUCUCGUGGAUGAUGGAGCUAUUGAAUCUGAUGAGAAGACCAAUGUUCAAGCGUUGCAAUUUAAUUUAGAAAAUGGAGUUUUGACUGCUCAGUUUGCCCGCCCUAUCGAAACGUUUGACAGCCAGGAUUCGGAUCUAGGAAGUUGUAUUAACAUGUUUUUGCUGACGAAACCAAGAGAAAUCAUCACCGGAGCUCCGUUGGAACUCGGAAAUGAAUCUGGGCUACAGAAGAUUCAAGUUUGCGAUAUUGCAGUUACCUGUGCCACCAAAAUGCACAAUGACGUUCUUGUGAAAAGACAAGAGGAAAGCAAUGAAGUACCAAUUUGCUCUACUGGCGGAGAAGAUCAGAAGAAUAGAAUCGAGUGGACUGUAGAAGGAGAAACGGUUCAUUUCUCCGUUUUUCAAAAUGCUAAAAAAGGACGUUGGUGGACAGCAAUCGGAGUUGGAGAAUCAAUGAACGACUUGAAUAUGAUUCUUCUUUUUGCGGAUACUGGGAAACUGAAGAAACAAGGAAUAUUCAGAACAGAGGGAAAAAUGGUUCCUUUUGACGCGGAGUUAGAAGGAGUCGAAUUGAAAAAAGACUUGGCUGAAGUGAACAACGGAAAAGCACACUAUGAAGUUUCGAUUGAAAAGAAGUUUUUCUUGGAUAGAGCUAAUGAGAACGGAUGUUUCACCAUGCAAUAUGCAAUUCUUGCUGGAAAUUAUCAACCAAACUUCAAUAUUCAAAAACAUCUUGACACCCCUUCAAUGCUUGAAAUUUGUAAUCUCGAUGCAUGCAAAGCUCCAACCGAGCCCCAGCAGGAAAUUGACGGAGAGACUCCAAAGAAGACAACUCAUGUGACAGAAGAAGUCGUUGAGGAGGCAUCUGGAGCCACAGAGCCCCCAAAAGUUUUGAAUAAUGAAGUGGAAGGAUCUGGAGUUCCAGUAGACCCGAAAGUUGAGAAUCAAGUACCGAGUUCCACUCCACAUACAGCAGAAGUAGCUGAUGAAAAGCCAUUGACUGGAGGAGUCGAAGCAGCUCCUUCAUCUUCAUCCACUACUGCUCCAGUUGCCCCAGCAGAUCCUUCUACUGUUGCUGCUUCUGUAUCAGCUUCCACUGCUUCAUCUACCCCAAUCCCUGAACCAAUAACCCCUGAGAAAAGUCCGUUUUUCUUAAGAUUUACCCAAAAUUCAUUGGAAUUUACUCCAGAUCACGUCUUCGCAGUCGACAAUCAAACAACGAGACAAAUGAAAUCAGAUGAGAAGACAACAGAUAAAUCAGAGGAAAAAUUGAAUGAUACUCCAGAAGAGACAACGAAAGCAACAGCCGGUAGUGUUGGAGAUGGAAGCAAAAAUGGCUGUGGAGCUGAGCAUGAGGAUUUGAAAGUUUGCGAAUCCUAUUUCGCCGAGUAUUUGGGAAAAGUUAACGAGUGGUCUGAGAAACAUAACAUGACUAUUACAAGUCAUAUGUGGAAGGCCUGCACCCUUCUAUCCAAAGUUCAACAUGUGACAACAAUGUGCUGUACAAUUUUCCGAAACACGUGUGCCACCCAUCUCAGUCUCUAA